UUUGUAGCUUGGCUGAAUCAUUUCAUCCCGUGGUCGAUCUCCCAAUGUCGACAGAUGUUGGCAAUAACUGAUCACGAGAGAAGAAAAGUGUAGUUUCCCAUAGACUAGUCAGUAGGUAGCAGUGAAACAUAUUAUAGUUCUUGAUCGGACAUGUCUGUGGAAUUUGGUAUAUUGUUUCUGUUCCUAGCUGUCACGACUGCAGAAGGACCUGCAGGCAGUUCUUUAGCAACCGUUGAUGAGUGCACAUCAUGGCAUGAUCUCGCUACCCAGCUUUCUGUACAAGAUGAUGCAGACGACACACUAUGUGUGGAAAACCAAAGCUGUAAUGGAUUGUUCUGCUCAGGCGAACGCUCGGGACAGAAUUUCAGCAGUGGUAUAGUGCUCUACCACUGUAGCGAUCCAGUGAAAGUCUUAUUAUAUGGAACUGCUAAAGGAGCCAAUGUUGACAACUUUGCUCACAACUUUACUGAUGGAGAAACUGCACAAAUACCUGGUGCAAAAAUCGAGAUCGUGAGCAUUAAGGCAACCAUCGCCCUCACGUUGAGACUUCAGGAGACACCUGGUGUCAUCUACAUCUCCGUCAUCGUUCAGGCAAACUACCAGCUGUUCGGUAAUCCGAUGUCACAUGAAGGCACAAUUCUAGACGAUGUACGCAUUGCCAUUGGCGAGUGCCCCACAGAAGUGGAGGAAGGGAUGCUGCCUGCAGUAUACGUAGACAGUGGGAUUAGUCCACAGUCAGAUAUUCCUCCAAACGAGGAGGGAGCAGGCAAUGAUGUUUCAGAGGAGCAGGAGACACCGAACAACUCGGAGAAUGGCUCCAACGAUGAUGAAGACAGCCAGGAUAACUCCAGCAACGGCGAUGAUAACCAUGGUAACAGUGACAGCAGUGAUGAUGACAGCAGCGAUAAUGACAAUGUUCAUGAUGAUGAAAGCGAUGAAGAAGGCAAUGCUGUGGAUAAGAGAAAAGAGCAGCGAGACCAGGCAGUUAACGGUGAUAUCAACCUGAGUGCCGGAAACGCAUCACGUUACUUGGAUAAUAAUUCGCUGGUGGAAGUGGAAAAGGAUCAGUCUGUGGCAACUAGUCUUGGCAGUGAGAAGGACAACAUGCCGGUGCUCGUCGGCGCCUGUGUUGGAACAGCGGUUCUGUUGGGGGCGCUAGCUGCUGUCCUCACAGUCGUUAGACGCAGAUGGCAAGCGAUGUCGACCUACAGGAGAACGUCAGAGCUCUCUAGUGGCGGAGACGAGUAUUAUCAGGACAGUGGCUAAUCAACGCGUAGAUUUUGCACUGCAAGUACAGAAAAUUAGGAAAAGCAUCUAAGUGUCUAAUCGUUGUUGGCUGCAAAACGUUUAUUACCUCCGCCAAGGGGUUGGCAGGAGGUUAUGUUUUCACCGGCGUGUGUUUGUUCGUUUGUGGGU